CAAUUCAAAACCCUGCCCUUUCUCGUCCCGACACCCAAAAUCAACCCUAAUCCUUUUACUCUCUCUCUAUAUAUUUCUCUCUCUCUAUCUCACUUGUAUUGUACUACCCUCAAUUACUCUCUCUCUCUAGAAGCUACUCAAUUUGGGGCAAUGGAGAUGGUGGCUUUGAGGACUGAAGCUGUGGCUGUCAAGAAGCUAAUUGUGUCUACUUUUGUUGUUGAAACUGUCUUGGCUGCUCAAAGAUCCGUGCUUUGCUUGCUCUUGCUGGCUGAUGUCUUGCUGAAAAUUAAAGACAGAUUGCUGGAUUUGAUUGGUGGUGAUCAAAGGUUUCCUGUGGAGGAGCUUCACAGAAGGAAACGCCCUGAAACGGAAAAUGUAGAUGGCAGUGAUACCGAGGAUGACGAGGAAGACGAUGAUGAUGUUGAACAGGAUGAUGAUGAAGGAGAUGAAGAUUUCUCCGGUGAAGAGGGAGGUGAUGACGACGAAGAGGGAGAUCCCGAGGAGGAUCCAGUGGCAAAUGGUAAUGGCGGCAGUGGCGACGAAGAUGACGAGGACGAGGAUGGUGAUGGCGACGAAGAUGAGGAUGGCGAAGACGAGGAGGACGACGAAGAAGACGAGGACGAAGAGGAUGCACCUCCAGCGAAGAAGAGAAAGUAAAAUAGAUUUAGUUGUUGCCUGUGUUUAUUUACAUUUGCUUGGAGUCUGUAGUGAGAACUAGGAAGGAGUACUUGGUUUUCAUCAGUUAUCAUGAUGUAGGAAAUUAUCCUGUUGGUAUUCUUAAUGAAGUUUCUGGUCAUGUGACAGCUUGUAAUGAUGUAGCUCUCUCUGUGGCACAUCUUAUUCAGGGGUAGGUAGUGUUGACUGUUCA